UCACCUGAUGAAGACUACCCUUUCGAUAACAGCACGCUUCGUGGUCAACGCACACGCGGUCAGAUUUGUGCCUAUGCUGGAGCAACGAUGACUAUGCAAUUCCGGACACAUCUAUUCACAGUCCUUAUCUUCGGUCCUUACGCCCGGCUACUUCGAUGGGACCGCUCCUCUGUAAUUGUCAGCCGUCGGUUCAAUUAUGCUGAGCAUCCACUCAUUCUGUUCCGGUUCUACAAACGAUUCGCCCAGCUGACCCUGGCGCAACGAGGUCGUGAC